GCCUGAGUCGGUCUAGAUGAUGUUGGGAUAAUUAUAAAAUUUGUUAGUUGUCAGAUAGUAUUACAUAUGAAUAACAAUCAAAAUGGCAACACCAACCAACGGUAAUGGUAACCUUGUUGAUGAAUUUGAAGAAGCAUUUCAGCAAUGUUUAAGUAUAUUAACAAAGGACGAAGGUUCAAGCAACAGCGGAAUGGGUGUAAGCAGUGGCUUAACGAUAGAUAAAGAAGAAGCUCGUUGCGAAGUAGAUCAAGUCACUUUAAGAUUUACAGAUUUGGCUAGACAAAUGGAAGCUUUCUUUCUACAAAAAAGAUUUUUACUAUCAGCAUUAAAACCAGAAUUGGUAGUAAAAGAGGAUAUAUCUGAUUUAAGGCUGGAAUUAGCACGCAAAGAAGAUUUGAUUAAAAGACAUUAUGAUAAGAUUGCAGUAUGGCAAAAUUUAUUAUCAGAUUUACAAGGAUGGGCCAAAUCUCCUGCACAAGGACCUGCACCUAAUGGACUACCAAAUGGAUCUCAAGGUGGUCAAACACAACAAGCCGGUAAUGGCAGUGGUGGAUCCACUAUGCAGCAACAACAGCAGUUAUUACAACAUCAACAACAAUUACAACAGCAACAACAACAACAGCAAUUACAUCUACAGCAACAUCAAAUGCAACAACAGCAACUUCACCAACAACAGGUGCAACAAGGUACAGGUCCUCCACCAACAUCGGGUCUUCAAGGAGUCAGUGUCUCAGUUGGACAACAAGGCAUGUUCAUGGCUCAGGGUGGAGUAGGAGUAACCGGUGGUAGACCUACUGGUUUUCCAGUUGGUGGUGUUGGAAGUAGUGCGCUUCAAGGCCCAUUGGCUUUCCUAGAAAAGACAACGAGCAACAUAGGGAUGCCUGAAAGGCGGAGUUGACGCGGAAGGGGGAGGGGCCGGGGUCGGAGUCGAGGAAGAGGUCGAGGUAGAGGACGAGGUGGAGGAGGAAGCUUACCACCACCACCGUCUCUUCUCGAUCCAUCGGACCCCUCAUCUUAUGCUGCUGCUGCCGUAGUCGCAGCUGUUACGGCAGCGCCCCUUCCCUCACAACAGCAGCAACCUCCGCCGUCAUGUACAUGAGGAUAUUUCUAGCAAUUAAUUUUCAUCUAAAAGUUGCAUUACAUCUUCCUCUUCAUAUCUUGUAUUAUUUAGAAUUUCAUAAUGAUUAAAGCGAUUUUUAUAUUAAUAUAAAAAUCCUUUAACAAUUGCAGCUUGUGGUACGGGUCUAGAGUAUUGUGUGUUGAAGUUACUUAUGUACAGAUUUAUAGAAUUAAUAAUUUAUAAAUAUCAGGGUAUCAGCGAAGAAACAACAUAUUUUAACAGUGCUAGUUUUAUUGCUUUAUUAUGAAUUAAAAUUAUCAACAUACAAAGAUUAUUACAUAGAAUUCUAUGUAUUUGUUUUGUAUUAAUUAUAAAAGUUUACAAUGAUUUAUUAAUCAUAUCAGUUUAUAUUGAUCUUUUUAAAAGAUAACAAAUUAAAGAAAAUUCAACAUGAUGUUAUUGUAAAACAGAGUAAAUCGCGAAGAAUUUCUAAUUGCGUAUAAAAUUGACAAGUAUUGUACAUAACAAAAGGUAUACCAUAGAAAUGCGAUGAUAUAUAUGAGUUAAUAUCAGUUCAUUUUCUUUAAUUUAUAAUUACUAUUAGCUAAUAAAAGAAUCUUUAGAUAUCGAGAAUGUGAGAAGUUGUAUGUAUGUAUGUAUGUAAGUAUGUAUGUACGUAUGUAUGUACGUAUGUAUGUACGUAACAGAAAUAGUAAGCACAUUUAUUUGUAAUCACUAUAUAUUGUACGUAUAAUUCUACUGGUUAUGUUAUUAUGAACAAAUAGCUAUUGUUUUAUUAUGCACACGACUAUAUUACAUUGCCUUAUUGAUUUCUUACAAAUUCCAUUAUUUGGUUAUAGGAUGUACUAAAAAUAAUAUAUGAUAUUUAUUAUA